CCUGGUUGACAGGUUUCUCUGCAAUAGCCAAUGUUUACGUUGAACAAAAACUAUAUUUUACGUUUUAAAAAUGUUAGGAAACCUUAAAGAAUUUAUUUCCGUGGUGCAAGAUGGGCUGACAUCAAACAGCAAUAUACGGCAGACAUUACAAGAAGUGCAGAAAGUGAAAAACAUUUUUAAAGACAGGCAAAAGGGGUCGACUGAAGCUAAAGUGAACUAUGGUGCUGGUGGUGCCUUGUUGGAGAAAUAUCAAGAGGAAUGGGCAGAGUUGCACGAGAACGCGGAUAAGAAUGCUAAGGCAGCUGAUGAAGUUGACAAAUUGAUACUAGAGCUGCAUGAAACUACAAAAGUUAAGUUGCAGACUGCCAACGAGUUCAGCCAAGCAUUGUCCCACUUACCAAACUUGACUGCGAGUGUAGCUCAAUGUAUGGACAGUUUGAGAAACGUACAGACCUUGUUGAAGUCUGUGGAAGAAGAUUUGGUGGAAUUUGAGGAUAUUGUGGAGAGGAGCAAGAUGGAAAGCUGGAAACUUGACCACCAUUAUCAUCUCACUAUGUACAAAGAAAAGAAAAUGGUGGCUUUAGAGAGCAUCCGCAGUGAACUAGCAAAGAAGAACACGGAACAGAGCUUAGAGCGGGAGAGACAGCAGCUAGCCGAGUUCCAGGCGAAGAGAGACCACAGCGCGGUGGCGUUCCAGUGCGACAUGGCCAAGUAUCUCAUCAGUGGGAACGUCCCAUCAGUUGCACCCGCUUCUCCAAUCACUUUAGAGCAAGUACAACUGGAUGAAGAUCCUACAGACCUAGAGAAGUUUCUUGACAGUUGAUGAAAACUAUAAUUUUAAGGUAUGAUGAUGUCACUGAGAGCUUAUGUACCUAUAUGUUUCAAAAAGAGCCUAUUUACCAUUCCAAAGUUAAUAUAAUUAUUGUUGAAUA